AUGGCUCCACCACAACGACAGGAACGUAUUGUGCCUUGCGAAAAAUGCAGAGAAAAGCACAUUAAAUGCGAUGGCGAAACACCAUGUUCCAGCUGCAAGAAGGCAGAGGAUCGCUGCGUUAGGGUCGACAAGCGUUUCAGGUUCAAGCGUAUGGUUGCUUCUAAGAAAAAGUAUUCCUUCAAUGCCGACCAGCCGUGGUUACACACAAAUACGAGUACCGGUAAGAUAACCUCUGACCUCAAGAUCUUUGAGCUGGCUUUAUUGUCUAGAUUGUAA